CGUCGAUCGUUACGACAAGAAUUAGUCGAGCUCAGAGCGGAGACAAGGUUAAGCGUUUGGGCUAUAACCAUGAAGUGGAAAGAACUGUCCUAUCUCGCGGUAAUACUGCUAGUGAUUUGUGUUCCCAUUAGUGAAGCUUUCGAAAGUUUUCGCCUACCCAACACCACGAUUCCAACCCAUUACGAUUUGUUCAUCAACACCGAAAUCCACAACGGCGACUUGGACUACAAUGGAACAGUGAAGAUAGCCAUAAACAUUCUGGAGGACACGAAGCAAAUAGUUUUGCACAGUUCGCGAAGUACCUUGGUGAAUGUCGAACUUACGAACGACAAUCAACUGCCCAUGAAAGUGAUAAAUUAUGAGUUACACAAUGAGCGGGAAUUCCUCGUCGUGUAUACGGCAGAUGUUCUAAAGAGUGGGAGCCGAGUGGUGCUUGCAAUCGAUUUUCUGAACAGUAUCAACAGAACGGAUCAGGCCGGCUUCUACAGGACGUCCUACACCGACGACGACGGGACGCUGAAGUAUUCAGGAGUGACCCAGUUUCAGGCAUGCGAUGCGAGAUCGGCCUUUCCCUGCUACGACGAACCCGGCAUCAAGACCAUGUUCGACGUAAGAAUUGCCUGCGGCAUUGAUUAUCACGCCAGAUCCAAUGCCGAGAUUGCGAGCAUUUCCAUACUCCCCGAAGGCAAAAAACUGGUGACCUUCCAAAGAACCCCUCGGAUGCAAACCUACCUGCUGGCCUUCCUAGUGUCGGAUUACACCGUGAAGCGUGACUUUGCCAACUACAUGAAGAAAAUAACCGUCCAAUCGAUGUCCCGUCCAACACAUGCUAGUCAACUGUCCUUCUCACUGGAUGCCUCCGUCAAGCUCAUUGAUGAACUGCAAAUGUACUUCGAUCAUCCGUAUGAGAUGAGCAAAAUCGAUAGCGUUGGCAUUCCAAACAACGACUUCGCUGCCGGCGCUAUGGAGAACUGGGGCCUGGUAACAUACCGAGAGUCGUACUUCCUAAUCACCGAGUCUUCCAACGACAACAGUCGGCGAUCCGUUUCUACCAUCAUCGCGCACGAGUUUGCCCACCAGUUUUUCGGCAAUCUGAUGGCACCCAAGUGGUGGUCUUACCUGUGGCUAAACGAAGGAUUUGCCACACUGUACGAGUAUUAUCUGGCUGAUCGAACGCAUCCGCAUUUGCUGAUCAAGCAACGCUUUUCCAGCGGAGCGCUACAGACCGCUCUUUCGGCAGAUGCCAGUGCAACCAUUCGAUCGAUGACUCACUACGUGGAGACGGUUCCGGAAACUAAUCGCCUCUUCGACCGGAUUGCAUACGAGAAAUCAGGAAGUGUUCUCAGAAUGAUGCAUUAUGCACUGGGUGAAGCGACAUUCGUUAAAGGCCUGAAGCACUACAUCAAACAGCAUCAAAACUCUGUUGUGGUGCCGCAGAAUCUCUUCGAUAGUCUUCAAAAAGCAGCGGCAGAAGAUGGAAUGCUGCCAGCAAAUGCAUCCAUGACAAUGAUCAUGGAAUCAUGGUCCAACCAGCCAGGUGCACCAGUCGUGACAAUUACCCGUCAGACUGGAACCGAUGAUGUGCUUUUCGAGCAGAAGCGGUUCUUUUCAACCACUCAAUCAACGGAGAAUAAUCAGACUUGGUGGAUUCCCAUUUUCAUGUACACCAACAGUAGUGGGGGUUGGUACGAGAAGAGUCCGCUGUUCUGGAUUCCCCAAGGAUCGAAGCAGGUGACCCACAAGAUUUCUAUCCAACAAGAUGACGUAUUUCUGAUUAAUCCAGCCCAAACUGGAUACUACCGUGUUAAUUAUGAUCAGCAGACGUGGAAUAAUAUUAUAGAUAGGUUGAGAUCAAAUCCAACGUCGUUUGAUGCCGUAAUCAGAGGACAGCUGAUCGACGAUUCCAUGAAUUUAGCCAAUGCCGGGCUGUUAAGCCAUGAUACGGCAUUCCAAAUCCUGGAUCAUCUCCGCAACAAUACGGACUUUUUCGCAUGGAAGUCUGCAUAUCGGAAUAUCCUGGAGCUGGAGAAAAUGUUAACAGUGGAUCCGGAAGCUCUGGAUCUGUUCCGGAAGUACCUUUUGGAGUUGAUAGACACUCUUUACGCAGACUAUGGUACCGAGAAGCGCAAACACCACCACACCAACGAUUACGACGCUCAACUGAUCGCGGUCGAUCUUGCGUGCCGUAUCGGUCAACAGGCAUGUCUGGAGCAAGCCAUGAGCAAAUUGAACGUCCUACAGCAGAGGACCACGUUGACAAUACGCUCGGAAGCCGAACAGAAGCUAUUCUGCCAUGCACUGCGAACGGCGAAAGGCGUCGACGUGGACAAGCUUACCGAAGCGUUCGAAGUAGAAGACGACGCGCGUAGUAGAAGGUACCUCAUGGAUUCGCUGGCUUGCGUCGGCAGUCGCGAAGAGCAGGAACGCGUAAUGGCGUUUUUGGUGGAGCAGAAUCAGAAGGUCGACCAAUUCUUAGAGGCUGUUGCUGAACAGAGCGGUAGUUGGAUCGUCUCGAUUUUCGAUCUUCUAUCACGAGAGCAGGCCCAUCUGGAUGAUAUUUUCGGCAGCAAACGAAGCAUGGAGAAGCUCUUGAACAAACUUGCCGAUCGGAUCGUUGAUCAACUGAAUGCCGAACGACUGCGCCAGAUGAUGAUGAUUUUGCCCGUUUCUUCGAGUUUUGCUGCGAACAUUAACAGUCGAGUGGAAGAGCAGAUUCGCUGGCAGGAGCACAAUUUGCCACUGGUGCGGCGAAUACUUCAGCAAUAUGCGCUGUAACUCUAAAUAUGCGGGCUGUGAGCUAAUUUACUAUCUCUUGAAGGCUGCAGCGACUGACAAACGCUGUGCUGAGUUAAGUGAAUAAAUCGGUUGAUGGUUAAAAGUAAAAUAUAUUUAAAAAAAUAUAA